UUGUACUUGUCAAGUGAAUUUACUGCUAGUUUGCUAACGUUAUAAAGUAAUGUAACGUAUGUAAAGUACUAUUGUAAUGAGUGAAAUUUAAUUCUUUCUGAAUGUAGUUGCUUGCAAAGCACGUACAAUUAGGCUAAAGAUUAAAAUUUACCUACACGAAAUGAACUGAUAGAUGUACUUGUCAAAAAUUAGGUAUAGUAAUUUAUUACGGCUAAAAUGUCCUACAAAAUUGGACAACGCGUCGAAGUUCCUGGCAAAGACUGUCAAGGAGUUAUUGCUUAUAUUGGCCAUCCAAGUUUUGCUUCAGGAAAAUGGAUCGGAGUAAUACUUGAUGAGCCAAAAGGAAAAAAUAAUGGCACUAUUAAAGGUCAAUCCUAUUUUAAGUGUGCUGAAAAUCAUGGAAUGUUUGUACGACAAUCUCAACUUAUUUUGUUGGAUGAGGCAGGUAAUAGAACAGAACCUGCUAGUCCAUCUUCAGCAGGUAGUAGUGCCACAACACCGGAUGAAACAAGUGCAGCACGUGCUAGAAGCCGGUUGAAUAGUUCACGGUUAUCCCUGGCUGGUAGUAGGACACUUUUAAGUGCUCCAAGUACAGAAAGUUUAUCUGGAUCACAACAUGAACGUAAAGAUGGAGGAGAGUCACUUAUACCAGCACCAACUUCUACUAAAAGAGCAUCAUUCAUCGAGAAGUCCCCUAGCACGAGCUCGCCUCCCGGCAAAAAGCCAAAGGCCCAAGAUGAUCACAAUAAUACAGGUUUUGUAGAGACUCUAAAACCACAAUUUGUACCUGGUCAAGUAAUGGCAGGAUCUGCAGCAGCUGCAAGUCUAGUAGAAGAAAAAUUGUCGCAUUUGCAGCUUCAACAAGAAAAUGAGAAUUUGAAAUCUCAGGUCCGCGAUCUUACUGAAAAAGUAGAAACCUUACGAGUAAAGAGAAUGCAAGAUAAGGAAAGAAUGAAAGACUUUGAGAAAACAAAACUUCAACUAGAACAACUUAUUGAGUUUAAAACCAAAGUUAUGGAGAGCCAAGCUAGUCUUCAAAGGGAACUACAACGAGCACGUCAAGAAGCAAGGGACGCACACGUGGCUCGAGAACAAUUCCAAGAAGAAAUGGCAGAUCUUGCGGAAACUGUAGAAAUGGCAACAUUAGAUAAAGAGAUGGCUGAGGAAAAGGCUGAAACAUUGCAGAUUGAAUUAGAACAAUUGAAGGAAAAAUUAGAAGAACAGACAUUGGAUUUAGAAAUAUUGCGCACGGAAAUAUCUGAACGAACCGCGGGAGGUGGUUCAGCUACUGGAGCUUCGAGUUAUGAAAUAAAGCAGCUGGAACAACAGAACAAUCGGUUGCGAGAAACGCUCGUUAGAAUGCGGGAUCUUUCGGCACACGAGAAGCACGAAUUUCAGAAACUUCAAAAGGAUUUGGAUCAGAAGAAAUCAGAGAUAUUAGAAUUAGGUCGUACAAAGGAAAAAUUAUCCGCGAGAGUAGAAGAAAUGGAACAUCAGAUUGCAGAUUUACAAGAACAGGUCGAUGCUGCAUUAGGUGCUGAAGAAAUGGUUGAAAUGCUUGGUGAAAAGAAGAUGGCAUUAGAAGAAAAAGUUGCGGAGUUAGAAGAAGCUGUAUCAGAUUUGGAAGCUUUACAGGAUAUGUCUGAUCAACUUGCUGAAUCAUCGAAAGAAUUAGAGUUAGAAUUGCGUGAAGAACUUGAUUUGGCUCUUGGAGCGGCGCGUGAUGCGUAUCGCCAUCGAGAUGCGGCUUUAGAAACAUUAGCGGAUCGUGAAUUGACAAUUACGAAAUUCCGCGAGCUUACUCAUCAGUUGCAGGAGCAAUGCUUACAAUUACAACAACGCGUACAAUCAACAGAAACGUCUAAACUUGGAAUUGGAGGUGCAGAGCAACAAUUAGCAGAAAUUUUGGACUUCCAAAAAACCUUUGCUGAAACACGUGCACAAACGAAAGCUGUCGAUCUUGAAUUACGGCGUUUAGAAGCCGAAGAAGCCCGAAAUCAUGUGAAGUACUUAUUAUCCUUUAUGCCUCCUGCGUUCUUAGCGCGCGGUGGCGAUCACGAUGCUAUUUUGACACUUUUGCUUAUACCCCGUAUGAUACAAAAAACGGAGAUACUUAUAUCCCAAAUGCGAGACAAAUACAGGUCUUUAGAUAAAAUUGAUAGAACAGCUGUUGUGAAGGGUCAUACGGUAGCGCAAUACACUUUCAGAGCUCGUUUAUGUUCAUACAUGUACGCGCUACAAACAUUCCUAGGUUGCUUCGAUUCUGCUCUAAAUGUUUGUACUCCUGAAAUGCUGCUUAAGGCUGGAGCAGCUUAUCCAGAAAUGGCUGCCCAAGAAAAAUCUUUAGAUUGUUUAAUAGAUUUAGCUAAAAAGGAUCAGUUAGAUGAAAAUCUACCAAUGGACGCUAUCGAGAAGUGUUGCGGAUACUUCUGUACUAUGUUUUCCGUUUUGUUUGGAGAAACUAAUAAUCAAGCACGUUUGGUGGUUAACGGUACUAGAAUGUUAGACAGCUCUUGCGAUGCUAUCAUGACCGACGCUGCUGCGAUUAAAAUUUUAAUUCAAGGAGACGGUGGUGACAUAGGUUUACUCUGUCAACAUGCGGAAACUACUUGUGAAGUGAUUCAACAGCACUUAAGAUCAGCUAGAAGACGGGUAUUGACGGAUCAUAGCGCUGCGUACCAUGCAGCGGAAUCUAGAUUAGGACUGGAUAAAGACUCCACCGAACAAAUGUUUACAUGUUAUCAGCAUGCCGUCAAAAUAAUGAAGACAUUGCAAACAUUAUUGAAGAGUGCUGUACAAGCAAUUAUCACAAACGGAGACUUGGAUACAGGACUCGCCACAGACAAAUUAAAAGAAAUGGCUUCUAUAUCGUGUGAGAAAGUUUAUGAUACCGAAGACGUCGGUCCUGUAGCCACGAUUAAAGGAAGCUUAACAGUUAUUCAACAAUUAGCAGCCAACUUUGCACAAAAAAUGGCGGAAUGUGAAAACGAGCUAGCAAUAAGUGGACAGUUAUCAUUGCAAUUAGAACAAAAUGCAGAAAAUGAAGCCGCACAACCUAUCAAAGUAAGAGCACAGGCAGCAAAGAAAGAAGCAGAAGAGACCAAGAUACUUAGCAGAAAAUUAGAAGCCCGAGAUAGUGAUAUACGCGAUGCGAGGUUAGCUCUUAGAGAAAAGCAAGAGGAAUUAUGUGAGAUGAUUUUAAGGAAAGAGGUCGUCGAGAAGAAACUUGCAACUCAACAACAUGAACAUGAAUUAAAUGUGGAGAAAUUGAAGAGGAAACUAGAAGAAACACAAAAUCAAUUGAAACGAAAGGAAAAAGAAUUCGAAGAGACAAUGGAUCACCUUCUAACCGAUAUCGAUAGUUUGGAAACUGAAAGAGGCCAAUUAAAGGAAAAAUUAAAAUCUAUUGGAAAGAAAACGAUGAUGUCUCUACCUGUAGGAGAGAAUGCAAGUGGAGGUACAACAGCUACGUCAGGAAUUCAAUCUAUGGAUAACAAAUUCCUGAUGCAAGAAAUAAAUGCUCUCAAAGAAGCCUUAGUCAGUGAAAAUCAAAUGAAGAAAAAAUUAAUGUCCGAUACAUUGCGUAAAAAGUUGGAAAAUCUAGAUCCAAUAACACCUAUACCAAAGCAGGGAUCAACUAAUGUUAAAAUACUGGAGUUGAAAAAGAAGACCAAUGAUCUUACCAAGGAUAUUAAACAAGCCAUGACAUUCCCUGCUGUUCCUGAUCUAAGGCGUAAGAAGGUAUUAGAAAAAACAAUGCCACUACAUCAACUAUUACAACGCCAAAUAAUCAUGAGAGACUUAAAAGAUCGGGCGGAUCAGUUAGUUGAUGAAGUUCGCGAAGAGAUCGUUAAGAGAACAGCAGGAGGAAAGGCCGAAGCUAACUUUGCAGUAUUUCCAAAUCGUGAAAUGGCAGCUGCAAUGCAAGAAAAUCAAUUAUUUGCAGCAGAAGUUGCAAUACCCCAUAAAGGUUCAGAAGAAGUUUUUACCGUUAAUGUAGGUACCCACGAACUUAGAAAAAUCCAUACUUUACUAUGCUAUUAAGUUUGUUAGCUUUUAGUAUUACGUAUUUUAUGUGGCAGAAUAUGCUACCGUGCAAUUACUAUCAAGUACAGUGUGGCUGUAAGAUAUUAAUUCGUAGCUUUUUUCAUAUUUACUUACAACACAAGAUGUGAUAGCCGAUAAUGUUCUGUUGUAACUUAUACACAAUUAAUCUAUUUUAUACAUAAAAAGAGAAUAAUUAAGUUUUAACAUCCGAUGAAAGGAUCAAAUUAAAUCUAGCGAUAAUGUAUCUUUUUUGAGCGUGCGAUUUUAUUUAUUUGAUCGGCUAAAGCACGAUGACCGGUGCAUCGUAGCUAGUAGUCUGUAUCAUUUUGUUGUUUUAUAAAUUCAAAUAUCAUUAUUAUUAACAAUUCGAACAAUAAAGUUCUGCGCCUCUAUGACUUCUGUAUAAUAUCUUUUAUGAAUUAUCAAAUAUAUGACUUAAAAAUA